CCCUAAACCUCAGCGUCUUUUUGGAUCGCCUGGAUCCUCAAUUUCUUCACCCUCUCUCUUUCUCUUGCCGGCGAAUUCUCGAAGGGAUCCGAUCCCUUUAUCUCCACGAUUCACGCCCAUCGCAGUCUCACUGGUUUUUGGAGCUUGAGAAUGGUCGCUCUUAUGAAACUGAGGAUCAAGUUUGGUUCCCAAGGAGCUGAGAGAGUUUUCCCCAAGACGGAGAUUAUUAAUGGCUGCAGCUAUAAGGAGAAGAAAACUGAGCAGCCAACUGGUGAAGUCAUCUUUAGCGAUAAUGGCUCGAGAAAGCAUGGACAUGAGGAACCGGAUGAGUUUCAGACAAAUAAGAAGCAGAAGCUGGAUGGCAAUGUCUUUCGCCAAUGUUCUGUGCUGCUAAAAUCAAUGAAGGCACACCAAUUCGGAUGGGUUUUUGAUGAGCCUGUGGAUCCUGUUAAACUGAAUAUUCCUGAUUACUUUUCUGUCGUUUCGAAGCCGAUGGAUUUUAGUACGAUCGGAUGCAAGCUUGUGAAGAAUGGAUACAAUAGCAAAGAAGAAUUUGCAGCUGAUGUCAGAUUAACCUUCUCCAAUGCUAUGUUGUAUAAUCCUCGAGAGAAUAUGGUUCACAAGAUGGCAAAGGAGUUGAAUGAGUUUUUUGAGUUCAGAUGGAAAUCGCUUGUGAGGAAAUGCAAUUCAAAGGAAACUGAAGUUGAAUCUGAUUGCUCGGGACAGAGCAGAUCUGAAACCCCAGCUUUCAGUGAAAGCUCUCCCAUCUCGUCUACAGAGUCAAUGGAAGAGAAGGCCAGAAAGGUUUCCCAUUCGUCGAAGCCGGUGGAAGAGAAAGACCAAAAGGUGUCUCACUCUGUCAGGCCAACAGCCAUAGCAACAAAGCCGGGGCUUAAGAAGCUGGAUCAGGGCCACUUUGGAACAGGAUCAAUUGUGAAAUGCUCGAGUAAAGUUGCCAAUGGUUGUGGGCAACAUGAUCCUGCAAAUGGAGCCCCAAAUUUUGCUGCUGCCCAAUAUGGUUCAUCUGGCAAUACUGGUUACAAUUGCCUCAAGUUCAGUGCCCCAUCUGAGAAUUGUCCCAGUCUCGAUACCACAUUGGAGAGCCCCUGCGGAGAUAUAGGGAGUGAAAUGUCUUCGAUAACGGAUUGUCGGGCAAAAAGCACUUCAGAAUCACAGUAUAGCAAGUCAGAUCCACAAUCUGGUGAAUCAGUGAGUUCAAUGAACGAGGAAAAUGGUUGCCAGAAUUCUCAGCCUCAGAAAUCUCCAAAUGAUGUUUCAUGGGACCAAGAUACAAUUCUUGAUGUGCCCUUGUCUCCGAAGAAGGCUCUUCGUGCUGCAAUACUCAAGAGCCGAUUUGCUGACACAAUCCUGAAAGCCAAACAAAGAAAAGUUCUUGAUAACGUAAGACGUAGACGUAUUUCUGAGGAUCUUGUCGAAUCAUGCCUGCAGGGUAAAAAUGCUGAUCCAAGCAAACUAGAAAAAGAGAAAGAACGGCUCAAAAGAAUGCAACUUGAAGAGAAAGCUAGAAUGGAGGCAGAGAUCAGAGCAGCGGAGGCUGCCAUGCAAACGAGGAAGGAAACGCAGCUGAAGAUGGAGCGUGAGAGACAGCGUCUUCUUCUGCAAAAGAUGGAAGAAGCGGCCAAGGUUGAGGAAGAGAACAACCUGAGGGUGGAGAGAGAGAUGAAGAAUCUCUUCGGCUCUGGCGCGAGUAUUUCUCAUCAUCAAUUGCUCGAGAAUUUCGGUCUGGUCAUGAAAGAAGAUGAUUGUCUCGAAGACUUUGAAUCAGAAACCUCUGUUUUGGGGGUUGACUUCGAAGAGGGAGAGAUUUUUUAGGUGCAAUUGUAUCUCUACCGCACACGACGGCUGCAUAUACAACCGUUUGUCUUUGACGAAUUCCAUAAAAAUCAUGCAUGCAGCAUUUUACU